AUGGUCCGCAACUAUAAAAAGAAAACCAGCAGGUGUGAUAUUGAUGAAACUGCAGUGUCUUCUGCAGUUGAAGCUGUUUUUGAAGGGAGACUAUCUUUACGUAAGGCGGCAGCAAGGUAUGAUGUCAAAUUUGCUACUUUACAGCAUAGACUGGAAAAAAACAAGCAGCGAAGUCAGGGUCAAAACGACAAAGAGCAAGAACAGUUCAGCUCUAAAUAUUCUGCACAACAGGUAUUUACUGUUGAUCAAGAAGCUCAACUAACCGAGUACUUAGUGCGUUGUAGUGAAAUGCAUUAUGGUUUAACACUAAAACAAUUUCAACGCCUUGCAUUUAAAUUCGCCUCAAAAUUGAACCGUAAAGUUCCUGCUACAUGGGAACAAAAUAAAAUGGCUGGUAAAGAGUGGGUUCUUGGAUUCAGAAAGAGAAGCAGUACCAUAACAUUGCGCAAACCUGAAAAUACCAGUGUUGCGCGUUCGUUAAGUUUUAACAAGACUGCAGUGUUGGAGUUUUAUCAAAACUACGAAUCAGUCCUUGCUAGGUACCAGUUCACUGGUAGCAGAAUCUUCAACUUUGAUAAAACUGCAAUUACCACGAUUUUGAGUGCACCAAAGGUCUUGGUUCAUAAAGCUCAGAAACAGGUUGGACAAAUUGUUUCAGCGGAAAAGGGGGAUCUUGUAACAUUUGUUGGCAUAGUAUCAGCCACUGGGACAGCAGUCCCACCAGCUUUUGUUUUUCCUCGGGUUCAUUUCAAGAAUCAUUUUUUGGAGAGUGCUCCUGAAGGAAGUUUAGGGUUGGCAACCAAAAGUGGGUGGAUGAAUGCAGAUUUACACUUAAAAGUGUUGGAGCACAUUAAGAACAACGCUAACUGCUCGGCAGAAAAUCCCAUUUUACUACUCUGUGAUAAUUGUAAAGCCUAUGUUUCAAUUGCGACAAUUGAUUAUUGCAAAGAAAAUGGGAUUAUUUACUUAUCCUUUCCUCCACACACAUCACACAAAUUGCAGCCCCUUGAUGUGGCUGUGUUUGGUCCUUUCAAGGGAAAAUUGAAGAUAGCGUUCAAUGACUGGCAUUUAAAUCACCCUGGAAGAGGUUUGACAAUUUAUGAUAUUCCAAAACUCGCUAAAUUAGCAUAUUUUGAAACAUUCACACCAAAGAAUAUCAUGAAAGGUUUUGAAACGCCAGAAAUUCACCCUUUCAACCGACUGCCUUUUUCUGAUUCUCAUUUUGCACCAUUAGAAGUCUACAAGAUAAACACUAAUCCACCCUCGAAUGAUGCUCUGACUACCUCCUCUGCCGUCACUCAAACUCCUGUUAAUUUAUCGUCCGACUAA